GAGGGAUGCGGAGGGACGUCGCUGCGGCUCUCGGCGUGUCUCUUCCACGCAGGACGCAACUUGGACGCGAAAGAAACACAAACGAGUUUCCGUCUCGGAGGAAUUUUCAUUUGUCGGCGGCUUUAACGGAGGAUUAAAGUGCACGUGAAGUGGACGUCGACGUAAGACUUGAACUACUUGACUUGUUCUCAUUGGAUCGGAUGACUUCCACCCGGAGGUGUUUUUGUGCUUGUUCUAAGAUGUUCUAAGAAUGUUCUUGGCACGUUAAAUGCAGCGGACGUCACGUGACCACCGGAGAUGAACUUUCUCCGAGUGAAUGAUUGACGUGCGCUGCUGGAUUAAUAAUCAAUAAGAGGCUGGGAUCGGGGCUCGAGCAGGUGCGGUUACUUCUCAUAGUCAUUGCUACUUUUUGGAUCGGAGCUAAAUGGGGUCCACGGUGAGGCUGCUGGUUCUGGUCCUGCUGGUCCAGAGUCCAGGUGCGGUCCAGGGGGCGUCCAAGGAGCUGGUGUGCGAGCCCAUCACGGUGCCCAUGUGUCGGGGGAUCGGCUACAACCUGACCUACAUGCCCAACCAGUUCAACCACGACACCCAGGAGGAGGUGGGCCUGGAGGUGCACCAGUUCUGGCCCUUGGUGCGUAUCCACUGCUCCCCGGACCUGCUGUUCUUCCUGUGCAGCAUGUACACGCCCAUCUGCCUGCCGGACUACCGCAAACCCCUCCCUCCGUGCCGCUCCGUGUGCGAGCGGGCCAAGCGGGGCUGCUCGCCGCUCAUGAGCCAGUACGGCUUCGACUGGCCGGAGAGGAUGAGCUGCGAACGACUCCCCCGCCUGGGCGACGAAACCCUCUGCAUGGACCAGAACAGCAGCGAGACCACCACCGUGGCGCCCCCUUUUCCCAAGCCCACGCUCAAGGGUCGAGCGAGACACGCGGGGCCGCCUCAGGGGGAGCGGGAGUGCCGCUGCCGAGACCCCCUGGUCCCAAUCAAGAGGGAGUCCCACUCCCUGUACGGGAGAAUCCACACGGGGCCCCUUCCCGACUGCGCCCAGCCUUGCCACCAGGCCUACUUCUCGGCGGACGAGCGCACCUUCACGGCCUUCUGGGUGGGCCUGUGGUCUUUCCUGUGCUUCGUGUCCACGCUGACCACGGUGGCCACCUUCCUGAUGGACAUGGAGCGCUUCAAGUACCCGGAGAGACCCAUCAUCUUCCUGGCCGCCUGCUACCUCUUUGUGUCGCUGGGUUACAUCAUCCGCUUGGUGGCCGGUCACGAGCGGGUGGCGUGCGCCCCCGGCGGCGGGGGCGGCGACCAGCUUCACGUCCUCUACGACACCACCGGGCCCGCUCUGUGCACGCUGGUCUUCCUGUUGGUCUACUUCUUCAGCAUGGCCAGCUCCAUCUGGUGGGUGGUCCUGUCCUUCAGCUGGUUCCUGGCAGCCGGGAUGAAGUGGGGCAGCGAGGCCAUCGCCGGGUACUGCCAGUACUUCCACCUCGCCGCCUGGCUCAUCCCCAGCGUCAAGACCAUUAUCGUCCUGGCGCUCAGCGCCGUGGACGGCGACCCGGUGGCAGGGAUCUGCUUUGUGGGCAACCAGAGCUUGGGGAACCUGCGGGGGUUCGUACUGGCGCCUCUGGUGGUCUACCUCUUCACGGGCUCGCUCUUCUUGUUCGCCGGCUUCGUGUCACUCUUCCGCAUCCGGAGCAUCAUCAAGCAAGGGGGCACCAAGACGGACAAACUGGAGCGGCUCAUGAUCCGCAUCGGUGUCUUCACCGUCUUCUACACGGUGCCUGCCACCAUCGUGGUGGCCUGCCUGGUCUACGAGCAGCACCAGAGACCCGAAUGGGAGCGAGCGCUGGCGUGCACCUGCGCGUCAGAGCGCCAGCGUUUAGGCAUCGGGCCGGACUACGCCAUCUUCAUGCUUAAGUACUUCAUGUGCUUGGUAGUGGGCAUCACUUCCGGGGCCUGGAUCUGGUCGGGAAAGACUGUGGAGACCUGGAGGAGGUUCUUGGUGCACUGCUGCCCCUGCUGGCAACACAAAGUGGCAGCCCCGUCCCCCUUGUACACCGAGGCCAGCGCCGCUUUAACCGGGCCCGCCCCGGGAAUGUAUCAUAAAGCUCCGUCUCAUAUAUGACAAGCGUCCAUGUUUGGAUAGCCAAGACCUGAUUCUCCUAAAAAGUCAUCACUUCACCACAUGGACCACAAGAUCCAUCAUGGAGUCACUUCCUGUGAUGCACUGACAGAGAAAGCAUAUUUAUUUAUGGAAAUGGAAAGUGGUUUGAAGAAGUCCUGGUUCAAGUCAAUCAUCUUGUACAUAAAUGUGUUUUAAAGCUUUGAGUUGAAGUCGGCCGGGAAUCGAAUGUGUUUUGACGUUUGUUACUAAAGACGCACUCGGUAACUAUAAGUGGUGUUGGCCUCCAACGCCAUCUGCUGGUUGUGAGUGGAGUUGCUCAACUCUGUCAUCCAUGCAAGACCACAAACCCUCAGACGCCUAAAAAGCAAUUUGAUGUUCAUUCAUAUUUGGAAUUGUGGAAUCAACUUCCUGGAUCCUAGUCUAAUUGUUCGAAUUCUGCAGUUGUGCAAUUUCAAUCGUAAUAAAAAUAACCGGACUGUUGUAUUGGAGCACUUUGAUUACAUCUCAUUAAACGGAGACCAUGGGGAAACGAUUCAUGCACUUUUUACCAAUCGUUUCUCUUCAUGUAACCUCACAAGGGAUUCAAAUAUGGGGGUCUGUGGUCUGAUGGACGUUUUGUUAAUUUUUCCUUAAAUGUUCUUUAUCUGCAGGCAGUUGAAGCGAAUACAUUACCUUUUUUUAAAAAACAAUUGUAGACUUGUACAGACGCAUUAAUAAAAAAUGAGGCAAAUUUGAAACGGUUGUC